UCUACACAUAUUCAAGUUUCUGCCUUUGUCUGCAGGUGGACGUGUCACGGCGGGGUGAGCGUGACUCAUGCAUAUAAACCCUGACUACCAUCACCAUGGCUGCCAAAAUCAAACUAACCGAAAAACAAGAGAAAAGCACUCUUCAACUCAUCAGAGAGAAGUUCAAAAUGUACCCUAGCACGGAGCAUCUCAACGUAAGAGACGAUUUCGAACUACAGCCGCCCGACCAAAUUGACAUCAACCAAAGCCCCGAGAAUGCCACCAACAUCAGUACAUUGGAAGACAUCCCACCCAACAACGGAUACGGCUGGGUGUGCACAUUCUGCGUAUUCAUGAUCAACGUGCACACUUGGGGCAUCAACAGCGCCUGGGGUGUAAUUCUGGACUACUACCUCUCGAACUCGACCUUCCCCGGCGCCAGCCACCUCGACUAUGCGAUCAUCGGCGGGCUCCAAGUCUCCCUAUCCCUUUUAAUCGGACCCAUCGUUACCAAAUCCAACGAAAUACUAGGCACAGCCAUUACCCUCCUCACCGGCACAGCCCUCAUCUUCGUCGGUCUCUUCGCCGCCUCCUACUCCACCCAAGUCUGGCACCUCGUACUCACCCAAGGCAUCGCCUUUGGCUUCGGCAUGGGCUUCCUCUAUCUAACCGCCACUUCCAUCCUCCCCAAAUGGUUCUCCACCAAACGCAGCUUCUCCAGCGGCAUUGCCGCCUCCGGCGCCGGCCUCGGCGGCCUCGCAUACAACCUCGCCGCCGGCCGCGCCAUCCAAUCCGUGGGCGUGCAAUCCACCUACCGCAUCCUCGCCUCCUGCGCCCUAGGCUCCCACCUCGUCUCUUCCCUCCUCCUCAAAGACCGGCCUCGCUCACGCGCUCAACCCCGUCAACGAACCUUCAACCACCGCGACCUCGGCCACCUCGAAGUCCUCCUCAUCAUCGUCUGGGGCAUCUCCACUGACCUCGGCUACAUCACCCUCCUCUACUCCCUCCCCAACUACGCAUCCUCCAUCGGCCUCUCCCCGCAGCAGGGGUCCGUCGCUGGCGCUAUCCUCAACCUCGGCCUUGUCCUUGGUCGUCCGGUCGUCGGGUACAUCAGUGAUGCCUACGGCCGCAUCACCAUCUCCAUGGCUAUGACGGCGUCGUGUGCCAUCCUCUGCCUCGCUAUCUGGAUCCCUGCGCAUUCAUAUGCACUCCUGCUCCUCUUCGCGGUGCUGUGCGGUAUGGUCUGCGGGACCUUCUGGGGUACUAUUGCCCCUGUGCUUACUGAUGUGGUCGGGUUGAAUCGUCUCCCGUCGACGUUUGGGAUGGUGUGUUUGAUUCUGGUGGCGCCGAAUUUGGUCGCUGAGGCGAUUGCGUUGAGUAUGGCGGGCAGCGGGGCCGGGUAUUUGAGUGCGCAGGUGUAUGUUGCUUGUAUGUUUGUGUUGGGGGCGGUGUGUUUGUGGAUUCUGAGGUCGUGGAAACUCUAUGAGUUGGAGGUGAAGGGGUUGAGUGAGGAUGGGGAGGCGAGGAAUGGGAGUGGGAUGGUUGGGGUGCAGGGGUUUUUGAGGUGGUUGAGACCGGAGAAGUUGUUUCUACGAGGGAGGGUGUAG